UUUCUCCUCCCACCUUUGCUUCUCUUUUUCCUCCAUUUCGUCUUUUACCUCAUCAGAAAUCCUACAAAAGAAAAAGGAGAAAGAAAAAAAAAAUUCUUCUCCAAAACCCAAGUUUAUUCUUUUAUUUGUUUUCCGCAAUUAUUACCACCUGAGAUUCACAUUUGAUCUCUCAAAUAUAUAUAAAGGUUCAACAUUUACACAUGAUAUCUUUUCCAAAUAAAAUGCAACACUGAAUUCGACUCCCAGAAACAGAUAGAAACAAAGAGGAGAAUUUUGAAGAAUGUCAAUGAGAAAACCUUUGCAGAAGCCACCUGGUUAUAGAGAAACUGGAAUACCAAUUCAAAGGCCACCACAAUCAUCAUUCUACCCAGAAAAAAAUAAUUCGCGCAGAAGGAGUUUCUGCUGUUGUUGUUGUUGUUACUUCUGCAUCUUCUUAAUCUUCUUAAUCCUCUUAUUAAUUGCUGCUGGUGCCAUUCUAUAUCUCUGGUUUGAUCCAAAGCUCCCUAUUUUCCACUUAAAAUCCCUCGAAUUCACCAAAUUUAAUAUCACUGACAGUCCAGACGGGCCUAAAUUGAAUGCACAAGCAACAGUUAGUGUAGAGCUGAAAAAUCCAAAUAAACAGCUCAAGAUUAUUUAUGGAAAAACAAACAUAGAAUUGAAAGAUGAAGAUGGUGUAAAUUUGGGUAAUGGAAACGUUCCAGGCUUCGUCCAGGGGACGAAGAAUGUGACAGUGGUUAAAUUUGGUAUUAAAAUGAAUGAAUUGUUAUACGUUGAAAAUGUCGCGAAAGUAAGAGAUGGAUUAAAGAACAAGAGUUUGAAGGUUUCUGCUGAUGUUGGAACUGGUUUUGGAAUUGGAUUUAGUGGUUGGAAAAGUGAAACAAUUGGAGUUAGAGUGAGUUGUGGAGGUUUGAGCUUGAAGCAAAUGGAAAAUGGUGCUGCACCAAAAUGCCAGAUUACUGUGCUUAGCUGAGGCGGAAUCAGGAUUUGAAGCCAGCUCCGUCCCGGGCAUGCAUAUAACCAGGCAGGAGGAAUAGGAGUUACUACAGUGCUACGUUAUACACAACAUACCACAUAUAUUUACUUUUGUACAUAUUAUGAUUUAUCUAUAUGAUUUUGGAUAACUCAAGCCAAAAGAUAUAACCCUAUAGAUAGUUAAGAUGCAUAUAGUGCUUUAAACACCUGGUAUAUAUAUUACAGCCUACAGGUGAUGAAGAGAAAUGGUAAGAAUGAAAGGAAUGAAGUAUAGUAUUAGUUGAAUAUAUAGAAGAACUAGAGGUGUUUGUGCAAAAUUGUCAAGCCCCUAUGUAUACUCGGAAUGACAAUAUGAGUAUGUACUAUGACUAACUUGUAAUAUAGCAGUAUCUUUUUAAGCAAAAAAGAAGAAGAAAAAGAAAAGCACUAUGGGUGUUUAUGUUAAGAAAAUAUAUGCAUUCAUCAUUUCUGCCCAGGGGUG